AUGGCUGCGACAUCGUCUGCGGCCUUCCCGCUCGCAACCAGCGACCCAUACACCGGUGGAGGCGACAAUACCGCGGGGACAGCGAACGCAGGUUCCGAUGGCAGUCCCGACAAUGACGCCGGGGCGUCUGGCAGCAGCAGCGGGAACUUUCAAAUCUCCCAAGGCGCGCUGAUCGCCAUCAUCCUAAUCGUGGUAUUUGUUGCACUUCUUGGCAUCGCUUCUGGAACACUCUUCUAUCUCGCGAAGAAGAGAGAAUGGAAAGUCCGCGAGACCGUUCGCAAGUCGGCCAAGAAGGUGGUCACAGCACUGACACCACGACGCUCCGAGUUCCCGAAGUCUGUAAAGAAACAGCCGACGAAGUCAAGGGGUGGACGUGGCCGGGUUGAAGACGAGAUUCCACCCACUCCGCGCUUGAAGCCGGAGGAUCUCGAGAAAGGCCUGGCUGCAAAGGUCGAUGUGAAGCGGAAGUACUUCCAUCGGAAGUAG